UAUAUAUAUACGGACACAUGGCUCGCAGUGUCCUAAAGCCUUUCACGUUUUCCCCUUUAUAAAUUGAUCAUCUAUCUGCUUUCAACUCUCGACAAAAAAAAAAAAAAAAAAACGAGAGAGAGGUGUGAAAGAAGUAAAAGAACUUGCAAAGCAAAAAUGGCGACCCUUAAGGUUUCUUCUUCUGUUCCUUCUCCCUCUGAAGAUGCUGAGCAAUUGAAAAGCGCAUUUGAUGGAUGGGGUACCAACGAGGAAUUGAUCAUAUCAAUCUUGGCUCACAGAAGUGCUGAACAGAGGAAGCUGAUCAGGCAAACAUACCAUGAAUCCUUUGGAGAGGAUCUUCUUAAGAGUCUUGAGAAGGAACUUACAAGCGACUUCGAGAGAGCCAUCUUGCUCUGGACUCUUGAACCGGGUGAACGUGAUGCCUUAUUGGUUAAUGAAGCUACCAAAAGAUGGACUUCAAGCAACCAAGUGCUUAUGGAAGUAGCUUGCACUAGGACCUCUACGCAGCUUCUUCACGCUAGGCAAGCUUACCACGCUCGCUUCAAGAAGUCUAUUGAAGAGGAUGUCGCUCACCACACCACCGGUGACUUCAGAAAGCUUUUGGUUUCUCUUGUUAGCUCAUACAGGUACGAAGGGGAAGAGGUAAACAUGACAUUGGCAAAGCAAGAGGCUAAGCUGAUUCAUGAGAAAAUCAAGGACAAGCAUUACAAUGAUGAAGAUUUCAUAAGGAUUUUGUCCACAAGGAGCAAAGCACAGAUCAAUGCUACCUUCAAUCGCUAUCAAGAUAAUCACGGCGAGGAAAUCCUCAAGAGCCUUGAGGAAGGAGAUGAAGACGACAAGUUCCUAGGGCUGUUGAGGUCAACCAUUCAAUGCUUGACAAGACCUGAGCUUUACUUUGUGGAUGUUCUUCGUUCAGCGAUCAACAAAACGGGAACAGACGAAGGAGCUCUCACUAGAAUUGUGACCACGAGAGCUGAGAUUGACUUGAAAGUCAUUGGACAAGAGUACCAAAGAAGGAACAGCAUUCCAUUGGAGAAAGCCAUUACCAAAGACACUCGUGGAGAUUACGAGAAGAUGCUCAUCGCACUUCUCGGUGAAGAUGAUGCUUAAUCAUACAAUCCUCCACACAGAAACAAAAGCUUCUGUUUUCUCUUAUCUUUUCUCUAUCUCUCUUUUCUUGAAACCGUUUGAUUCUGUUUUUUGAAAAUUUGCUUCUUGUUUCUGUUGUGUUUUGAGUUUCCAAAUAAUGCUAAGAGAGAGAGAACCAGUGUGGUCUCUUAAGUUUAUAUAAAAGAUACAUGACUUUAAAAGUUGUUUUCACGGCAA